CUUGAAACAAACGAAAUAGCGCCUCGGAGAGCAGCUGCGCCGAAAAGCAUCAGCGAUCAACGCGCUCUCCACAUUUUGCGCUCAACCAACGAGAGCCACGGCUGCUUGCAUGCAAACCCGUCUGCGGAGACAGACUGCAGGCUCAUGAAGACGAAGCGGAUUUGAAUUAAGCACCGGAUAACAUACAGCAAGUCUGCAUCCUUCGCAGAGGCAACAGCCAGGACCCGUCAACCGCUAAGAAGCCUGCCGGUAAUAAUCCGGGCAGAGACACCGGAGGCACAGACAGCAGCAGUAACGGCAGCCCGAAGCAGACGGCGGCGAUGAGAGUAAAGAAAGGCUGCAACUCGACCGACGUGGGGGUCCCGCUGACCACGGAGGAGGACCUGGUCGGCAGCACGGUGAUCACUCCGGAGGAUGUUCUGGGCUUGCAGAAGAUCACAGAGAAUUAUCUGUGCAACCCGGACGAGAACAUUUACAGCAUUGACUUCACCAGGUUCAAGAUCAGAGACAUGGAGACCGCCACGGUGCUGUUUGAAAUCACCAAACCUCCAACCACAGAAAAAGCAGGAGAGAAGAGGGAUGUGGACCCAAACGCCGGCCGAUUUGUCCGUUACCAGUUCACCCCAGCUUUUCUCCGACUGCGGCAAGUUGGAGCCACCGUUGAGUUUACGGUCGGAGACAUGCCGAUAGAAAACUUUAGGAUGAUCGAGAGACAUUAUUUCAGAGAGAAGCUGCUCAAGAGUUUUGACUUUGAGUUUGGCUUCUGCAUGCCCAGCAGCAAGAACACCUGUGAACACAUCUACGAAUUCCCUCCUCUGUCUGAAGACAUCAUCAGAGAGAUGGUCCUGCACCCGUACGAGACGCAGUCCGACAGCUUCUACUUUGUGGACAAUAAGCUGGUGAUGCACAACAAGGCGGACUACUCGUACAACGGCGGGACGUAAAGACGACACCCUGACGCGAGAGACAGGUGGAUGUGCGGACUGACCCGAGGGGCGAUCAGAGUACACUGGUGGGGUUAACAUCCCGCAAUCCAGUAGUCCCUCUCUCUUUAUUUCUCUCUUUGUCUAUCUCUUUCUCCUGCUGAGAGAAAGCCAUCCAGAAACGCGUGUGUGUGUGUGUGAGUGUGUGUGUGUGUGUGUGUGUGUGUGUGUGUGUGUGUCUGUGUGUGUGUGUGUGUGUGUGUGUGUGUGUGUGUGAGCACGUAUACAUUUGGCAAGGCCUAAAAGAAAGACACACACACAGUUCACAGCUUAGUGUGGCGUCGCUGUAACAAUGUGUUUUUGUAACAUGAUAAACCAGCAAGUAAGCAACUUUUUAGGAAAUAUCAGAUGUUUUUUGCUCUCUAGCCACGUCAUGUGAAAUGAAAAAAGAAAACAACUUCAAAUAUUGAUAGAAAUUAUUUUUUUCAUCCAUGUAUGUUAGUGUUUAGGAACAAAUAUUGCAUCUAAAAGGUGUGUUUUUAGGGCUUAUGUAACAGUUUUGGGGGGGAAUUAUUUCUCAAGAUUCAGUGCGUGAGUGUGUGUGUGUCUCUAAGUGUGUCAGUUUGAAGCAUGAUUACUGGUCUGGUAAAAAAUAUAUAAUUUAAAUGUCAAUAAUGUGAUAAUCUGGUUUUUAAAAGCCAAAUAGAUUUCUAAAACCUUUUUGCACAUACACAUUAAGCAGUGGUGCAUCAGACCUGUUUCCUGUUUCUUUCUCCCUUUGCAUUUCUUUCUCGAGUCGUGUGACAUGUGUUAGCCGUAGGGCGUAUAUGUUCAUUGUCUUUGCUCAAAGCACAACAUCUCUAAAGAGCCAGUAAAUAGAAAACUUGUAAAGAUGAGCUGAUCUGAUAUGACCAUAAAUGUACUUUGUCAUCCGUGUACCAGUUGUACUUUUCCAGACCAUAAGGAAGUUGU